AGUUGUAUAGGAUUCGGGGGGCUGCCUGCACAACUUGAAUGUUUCAGGACUGCAAUCUGUUUGCCUUCGCGUUUUUUUUUUAUUUUCCUCCGCCGGCCGCCCCCCCCCCUCCCCCCCUUACCUAAAUUUUAAUUUUUCGUUAUAACAUUUUAUUUUAUUAAAGAAAAAGCUUUCCAAACAUGCCUAAGAAGGCGGCCUCUGAUACAGUAAUAGACAAAUCCCUACCACAAAGUUCCAUGCAAUUGAGGAAGAGACGUACAAAACCACCCAAUGAAAACCCAAAAAAGAAACCGGCUGCUCAGAAAAAAACCAAGGCCAGAGCAGCAAAAGCAAAUCCCCCACAGGCUAAUCAAGAAGCCACUGAUGAUUCUGUACCCGCAGAAAACGGUGAACGGAAAAACGACGAGGCACCUGCUGCUGGAGAGAACGAAGCCAAGUCAGAAUAACAUCUGUCUUGUCCCUUAUCUUUGGUCGAUGUACCUCUUGUACAAUUCAGAGGAAUAUUUUUAUCAACUAUUUUGUAAAUGCAAGGUUUUAGUAGUUCAAUAAUAGGCAACACAAUUUGAAAUAGGAGGGAAUCCCAGCACAACUACACCUGUUCUUCCUUCCGCCGCCACCCAUUUUACAUCUAAAGAUGUUCAUGUCUGUAAAUGUUAAUUUUUUUAUAUUAAAGAUAAAAGAAUUGUGUACUGGAUGUUACAAGGAUUUUACCAUGAAAUCCACAAACACACUAUUGAUAUAUAUUAGUGAGUUUGAAAGCUUUGAAAGUCACUUUUUAAUCCAGAUAUGACGUAACAUUCCAUGGGUGGAGACAGUUUGUUAACAUGACUGUUGUGGACAUUUAAGGGAAAAAAGUUUUAAUUUUGGCUUUUUUGAAAAGAUUCUAGACUCAUUUGUAUGUUAAACAACCUAAAUGUUAGGUAACUUGUGUUCCCAUUGUUUGAAAUUUUAAUAGAUAACUUUGCCUAAUAAAACCUGCUUUAGUCAUGGAUUUCCCUCAAUCUGUGGCAAUGUUGUCUUGGCUAUAUCUGUGAUAGUGUUUCUUGGAUUUCUCUUUUUUCUUCUGUGAAACUGCUGUGAAUGGGUUCAGUAAGAUAGUUUUGGGGGUUUAUAGUGUGACUUGUCAGCAGUGUGAAUAGGUGAAGUUGCCUACAGAAAAAGACUGACCACCAUGGGUGCAUAACAGGAGUGUUAUACAUAUUUGGUCGAUGUUUUGUCCCAUAGUUACUGACAUUGUUUUCAAAAACAUCAUGCUGAAAAGUCACUGGAACUUUAGAAUUAUGGUAUUAACAUUAAACUUACAUGUAUUGGAGGCAUUCAGUUUCUAUUUCGGUACAGGUUCUGUGUAGGAUUGUACAGACUGUUCAUAGCUGUAUCUGUGUAAUGGUGAAUUUAAAAAAAAAAUCAAUAAAAUACAUGGCUUAA